GCCUGCAUACGUCGCAGAAGCCGCCUCGAGCGUCGCCACGGCCCUCGAUACGUGAUGCGUGAUGCGUGAUGCGCCCCUCGCAGUCCCUCGCCGUGCGCAUCAAGGCCCACGUCGCCCGCCGCGACACCCCCAGGCCGACGUCGCUCCCCGUGCAGACGGCCGUGCCCGCGGCCUACUACCGCGGCGGCACCUCGCGCGCCGUCUUCUUCCAGCCGCAGCACCUCCCGCGCGACCGCGCGCAAUGGCCGGCGCUGUUCGCGCAGACAAUGGGCAGCGGCGACGGGUUCGGGCGCCAGCUGGACGGCAUGGGCGCGGGCCUCUCCAGCCUCAGCAAGAUCUGCCUCGUCGAGCCGCACGGCGCGCGCACGCCCGUCUCCAGGCAGGCGGUGGCCGACCGGGUGCGGCGGCAGACGGUCGACGGGGCGCGCCGUCUGCUCGCAGACGUCGGCGCGCGCGGCGAGCCCGUCGGCGGCAUUGACGUCGACUACACGUUUGUCGGGCUGGGCAUCCAGGACGCCGUCGUCGACGUGGCCGGCAACUGCGGCAACAUGAGCAGCGCGGUCGGCCCCUACGCGUACAACGCCGGGCUGCUGCCGCCGCGCGUCUACGCGCAGGGCAACGGGGCCGUCUCGGUGCGGAUGCGCAACACAAACACCGGCACAAUCAUCACCGCCACGUUCGACGUGGCGGGCGGACAGGCCGCCGUCGCGGGCGACUACACCAUGGACGGCGUGACGGGGCCUGGCGCGCGGGUCCGGCUGGACUUUGAGGCGCCGUACGGGAGCAAGACGGGCAAGGUGCUGCCGACGGGCAACAGGAUCGACCGCAUCCUGGAGCACAGAGUCAGCUGCGUCGACGGGGCGAACGCCUGCGUCUUUGUCCGCGCGGGCGACGUCGGCGUCGACGGGACCAUCCUCCCCGACGAGUUCGACAAGCUGGCAGAGAAGCUCGCGCUCCUCGAGCGCAUACGGCGAGCCGCCGCCGUGGCCAUGGGCAUCGCGCCCGCCGAAGACGCCGUCCCGCGCACCGUCCCCAAGAUCGGCCUCAUCUCCAUGUCGUCGGAGCACGCGACGCUCGGCGGCCGCACCCUGCAGACGGCGCAGACGGAUGUCGUGGUCCGCUUCCUCUCCGACACGCAGCCGCACCGCGCGAUUCCGCUCACGGCUGCGCUGACGACUGCCGUCGCAGCUCGCAUUCCCGGCACGCUCGUCGAGCAGACACUCGCGCCCGACCCCGUCGCGCACGGCGCCAUCACGAUUGGCCACGCAAGCGGGACGCUGCAGGUCGACGCCACCAUGGACGACACGGACAAGACCUUGCCCGUGAGCGGGACGGUGUUUAGGACAGCGAAGCGCCUGUUUGAGGGGUCCUCGUUCUGGCUCGACCACUCGCCCGCUGCCCCGGCAACAGAAGCGUCUCGCAGCGCGCAGGGAACGUACAGAACGCAGGGAACGUACAGAACGCAGGGAACGCAGGGAGCGCAGGGAACACAGAGAACGCACGGAACGCACGGAACGCACUCCCUGGGCAUGGCCUUUGUUCUGGAAAGCCGCGGACAGUCUACAGCAGCCCUCUUCGCGGGAGAGGAGCUCACGCAAGAGGACGAGCCAGACGUCGAGGGCGUCGACGACCUCGACGACCUCGACGUCCCUGGGCUGUCUGUCGUGCGGAAAUACUCGUCCGCCGACAAGCGACCUGACAAGCGACCUGACAAGCCCGCCGACGACGCAGAUGCUGCCUCCAGAGACUGUGCCGCCGACGCAGAUGCUACCCCCAGACACUGUGCCGCCGACGACCCCAGCCCCCGAGACCGUGCCGCCGCCGCGGUCAACACCACCGACGCCGCCAAGGGCCUCGAGUGGCACCGCUGGGCCAAGCAGACGGCCCAAGCCAAAAAAGGCCUGCGUCUCGCCGCAAAGAAGCGCGCGAAGAAGGACAGGCAGCUCGCCGCCGGCGUCCAGCCCACGACGCGCGCGGAGCUCGGCCUCGACAAGUGGGGCCGCCAGUACACGAGCAUCAAGCACAGGGCCGACCGCCGCGCGAAGCGCAAGGCGGAUGAGGCUGGCCGUGGUGAGGUUGAGCCGCAUGUCCCGCGCCGGACAGAGGGCGAGGAGCUGGCUAUCCGGGAAAUGGUGCGGCGCGAUCAGGCGAGGGAGAAGCGGUGGGCUGACGCCGCACGCUCGACUUCUCCGCCGGAUGGGAAGGAAUAGGGAAUGGACUGGGAAAUGGAAGCGAAUAGGAAACGGAAAGGAAUAGGGAGUGGAAUGGAAUGGGAAAUGGAAGAGGAAAUGGAAAUGGAAAGGAAGAGGAAAUGGAAAUGGAAAGGAAGAGGAAAUGGAAAUGGAAAGGAACAUGAAAUGGAAAGGAAGAGGAAAUGGAAAAGUAAAUGUGGGAUACACUGCAACUUCAGUCAGAUUGGAAUGCUUGACUACGCCUCAUCGCCAGAUUGGAAUACUUGCCCGCCUCAUCGCCAGACUGGAAUACUUACCCACCUCAUUGCUAGAUUAGAAUACUUGC